AUGGCUGUUUCAGCUCUCCUAAUGCCACUGGUCUUGUUUUUGGGCCAAACAUCAGGAGCUGAUGUGGAUCCAACACUGCCUUUCAUGGAGUAUCUGGACUCAAAUAGUAACUUCCUGCUCAGGUGGGGUUUUGACACAGUCAAGGAUACCAUCACGUUUGAGGUGACGGUGAACACCAUGGGCUGGGUUGGCUUUGGGUUCAGUCCCAAUGGAGGAAUGGCUGGAUCAGAUAUCGUCAUCGGGGGAGUUGGGCCUAGUGGGAUAUAUUUUACGGACAGGAAUGCAGCUGGGAACUUCAUGCCAGCUCUGGACCAGAAGCAGGACUAUAAAGUCCUCUCUUUGACCGAGGCUAAUGGACAAACUGUGAUGAAGUUCCAGCGAUCCAUCAAGUCCUGUGAUGAAAACGAUUUUCCCAUCACUGAAAUCCCAGUGAAGCUGAUCUACGCCUAUGGUAAAACUGAUGACAUCGGCUAUCACAACACCCUGAGAGGAACAAAGGAGGUGAACCUUCUGAACUACAUGCCCCGAACCAGCAUCCCUGACAGCAAAUACUUUGACCUGACCAUGACCAAUUUUACGAUACCUCCUGUAAUCACUUAUUACCAAUGCAAGGUUAUGAGACUUCCAGCCUUUGACAAGACUUACCAUGUCUACCGUAUAGAACCAGUGAUCCAGAACCAGGACCUCGUGCAUCACUUGUUGCUGUACCGCUGUCCACCAACAGUGACCGAGCCCUAUGAGACUCCAUGUUACACCAGAGAGAAGGGAACAGAGUGCCACCAGGCCGUCGUUGUUUGGGGAGUUGGAGGAGGAGCUUUUGAAUUUCCUGAAGUGGCUGGACUUCCUGUUGGUGGGGAUGGAAAUGGGAGCUUCUACAGGCUUGAAGUGCACUACAACAACCAGAAAAAGACUGCAGGUAUUGUUGAUAACUCAGGCUUGCGUUUUUACUACACGGCUCAGCUGCGGCAGUUCGAUGCUGCUGUACUGCAGACAGGACUCCAGGUGCUACUCGGGACAGGAUAUGCAAUCCCACCUCAUGCUGGAGCCUUCCUCACAUACGGCAUGUGUAACACCAGUCACUUUUCCCAGGUCCUCGCUCAGCCGCCACAGGACCUACAGGUUUUCGCAGUUAUCCUGCACACACACCUGGCAGGAAGGAAGGUGCGAGUCGGCCAGUUCAGGGACGGAGAGCAGAUUGAUUUCUUAGCACUCAGUGAACACUACAAUUUUGAAUUCCAGCAAGUAACAAACCUGGGAAAAACCAAAACAGUUAAACCGGGUGACCAGCUUGUGGUGGAAUGCACAUAUGACACGUAUAAUCGAACAGGACUCACUUGGGGGGGUCUGGGAACUAAUGAUGAAAUGUGCCUGGCUUUUCUCUAUUACUACCCCGCUAUGGAGCUCAGCAAGUGUAACAGCUUCCCUGACUUUCAGACACUCAUGACCGAAAUGGGAGCCGCUAAUGCCACAGACUGGAUGAACAUCAUGAAGACAAAAGUGUGGGAUAACAACUCCGUUCUGGAGUAUCAACAAAAGCUGAAGACUAUUAAACAGUACACUCAUGCUGGAAGCUUAGUGAACAAUGUGCACAACAUGGGGAAGAUUCCUGAGAUCAAGCUGUCUCCAUCGAGCAACUGUUUAAGAAGCAGAGCUGAGAUCCAGAGCCCCGUUACAGAUGUCCUACUGCUCGGACUGAUGCUCUCACUGAUUCUCUUGUAACAUCUUCACCAGCCAAACAUCAGUCAGACUCCAGCUGUAGAAAAUAAACUGAUUUAACUGUAUAUGACUGAUCGGAGGAUAUUUGCUGGUUUAUAUCAAUGUAGAUUUUUGUUCAGAAUGAAACAAA